GUGAACCAGUGAGGUAUAACCUGGGCCAGGAGAGAGCUAGUCGAGUGAUAAAGUUAUUGAGGCAUAAUUAUUUAUAUUUUCUGUACUUUGUUUCAUCAGCCCUCCAAAGGAUGUACUGGUAAACAAUGCCUUCAUCUCAUGAUUGGAUAAACAACCCCUUGAGCGUUGUCGAAGGGAUGUUUGCCCAGAGCAACUCUAACCCAGAAUGGGAAGCAAAAGUGUUGGAAUACUUCAAAGACCCCACAGAGGAUUUUAUUAUAGACAGAAAUACUCCCCAGCGCAUCCCUCAAACAAGCCUGCUGUUGAAGAAGCUGGAUAUGGAUGUCCUGGGCUGGUGCGGUUACACGUGGUCUGUGGUUGUGAGGCCGGUUGGAUGUACUGCCAAAUUAUCUAAAAGGAGGCAGUUUAUGUCUUACCAUCUCAGUAUGAGCCUCCACACCAACACCAUGAACAGCCUGCAUCUGGUGCCCAAGAAGGACUCUGUGGCUAACCAGCUGGUGAGUGGAGCCUUGCAGCUGGCCAGGGACACUGUCCUCUUCCUGGAUGAGAUGCAGCUGGAGCAGGGUCAACUGGACACCUCAGGUGUCUGGAACAUCCCGGCUCUGGGGAACCUGAUUUCCUGGCAGAAGGUUGAUUAUGACUUCAACUACCACAAGGUGGAAUUCCCCUGCAAUAUUAAUGUGCUCAUCACGUCAGAGGGCAGAUCCCUGCUACCAGUGAGCACAAAGGCGUCAAAUAAAAUUUUAUUGGCCACAUCCGCAAUACAGUCUAAGUAUGUGUGUGUGUGUAGUGAAAUGCUUGUGUUCCUAGCUCGAACAGUGCAGUAGUAUCUAACAAUUCACAAUACACACAAAUCUAAAGGUAAAAGAAUGGAAUUAAGAAAUAUAUAAAUAUUAGAUUGAGCAAUGUCAGAGUGGCAUUGACUAAAAUAUAGUAUAUACUUAUGAGAUGACUAAAGCAGUAUUUAAACAUUAUCAAAGUGACCAGUGAUUCCAAGUCUAUGUAUAUAGGGUAGCAGCCUCUAAGGUGCAGGAGGAGUAACCGGAUGGAAGAUGGCUAGUGAUGUCUAUUUAAGUCUGAUGGCCUUGAGAUAGAAGCUGUUUUUCAGUCUCGGUCCCAGCUUUGAUGCACCUGUACUGACCUCGCCUUCUGGAUGAUAGCGGGGUGAACAGGCAGGGGAGAGGGUGGUUGUCCUUGACCUUUUUGGCCUUCCUAUGAUAUCGGGUCCUGGAGGGCAGGUAGUUUGCCCCCGGUGAUGGGUUGGGCAGACCGCACCACCCUCUGGAGAACCUUGCGGACGGUGCUGUUGCCGUACCAGUCGAUGAUACAGCCUGACAGGAUGCUUUCAAUUGAGCAUCUAACAGUUUGAGGGUUUUAGGGGCCAAGCCAAAUUUCUUCAGCCUCGUGACAU